GGCCUCAACAAUGCCGUCUUGACCACGAUUGAGUAAUAGCUUGAAGCGCACAUUGUCCAACUGUGAAUUGAUACGCUGAGAUGGCGAGAAGUCGAUACCUCUACAAUGCUACGCAGCUCUUUCUACUCGCAUUGUACAGCAACAGCAGCUAUAAAGGAGGCACGUUCCCCUCUUCGAUCGGAGCAGACCACCUUGGACCUCCAACACACAUAGAAGCGUUCAACACCACACACUCCCGAACCACCAAAUACACACCUAAAGGUACCAUCAGAAUAUCGCCCACCAUGCUAACACCCUACGAAAUUCUCGGCGUCAAGCAAUACGCCACUCUUUCUGAAAUCAAGGCAGCCUACGUGGAAAUGGCGAUUCGCAAUCACCCAGACAAGACAGUUGGACUGACCGAAGAAGAGCGGCGGCGCCGUAUGGAAGUAUGCCAAGCGGCGAAUAACGCGUGGGAACUCCUGAGGGACCCGGCGUUCCGGCCCAAGUAUGACAGUUAUGAGUUUGAUCCUAUAGAGGAAGGUUGGCCCCAAGGACCUUGUGGUUUUACAUUCAAGAGCCAGGAUCCGUAUUCGAAGGAGAGCAAGAAGGCCGAGAAGAACCGCGCCAAGCAGAGGAAACAGGCGCAGGCGGACAGGGCGCAUAAGGUGGAGAAGAAGUGGGAGCCCUACGGGCCGGCUGAUGGCUGGACGUACCGCCACGAAGGGCGCGACUGGCGCUUCCAGAUCAACAUCUCGAGCAACUUCCGCGUUGCACCGGGCCAUAUCCCGCACGUCUCUUUCUCCAAGAAAGCGCAGAUUGCAGUGAUCGUCAUCGAGCUGCAGAAAGGCGAGAAGAAGCCAGAUCAAGAGGACGUAUUCCUGAAGCUGGAUCGCAUUCCCGGUGAGUGCCAUCGCUUCGAAUCCGUCUACACGGAGACCGAUAAAGGCAUCGAACUCACAGUCACCAUCAGGACGAACCGGCCUGAAGGUCUGAGCCGUUUCGUCGCGACCAAGUGGAAGAUGGCGUUCGACGUGCAUAUGCCGGAGCGCGUGCCACAGGAUCAAAACGGUUGCGCGACGUCUCUCAAAUUUUUCGAUGAGAAGUCUCCCCCUUCUAAGAAAGUCGCUAAGCGCCGAUAUGGCGGUGAGUUCCCGAAAGGGAGCGCCGAGUAUCCGCUGUUGGAGCGUGAGGGGCUGGAGGGAGUUGAGUUUGUCCACUUGGCCGAGUUUGAGUAUAACAGCAACCUGUGGUGUAAUGACGUGACCUGGACACAGAUCGCCGCGUUCGGAUACAUUCCAAAAUGUUCCACCAGCGAAAAGUAGGUGGGCUGGAAUAGUGAGCGAUUAGUAAGCUCCUGGUCAUGAUCUGUAUGAAAUUAGCUUUUCUUUUUAAGGUGGGUAAGGUAAUGCCCAAUACUGUAAUGCCGAAUUCAAUGUUAGUGUUUUACGAUGUUCAGCUUGCCGAGUUAUUGAGAGAAGUCAAAGUGCCUAUGUAUUUGCUGUGGGCCGUCGGUGCGUAAGGGAAGAGGAAGAAGUGAUCUAAAGAUUAGAAGGUUUGAUAGUCGCUACCGGAUCGUACCUUCCGCCGUCGGACACGCUCAACCUUCUCCACAAAUCCCUGUCCUAACCUUUUCACAACAUUACGA